GCUUUGAAAGCAGCAGCGAAACUGAAAACGCUUUCAUUUCAGCCUGCUCUCGGCCAAGCUGGUGCUCCAGUUAUACAGCCAUUCACAUUGCCACCAACCCAAAGCCCGACGCCUAUGUUUCCUGGUUUGAUUGCCCCUCAACUGACCGUACAAGUGCAGCCAGGCAUUCCUCCUUCUGGUGGCGGUACCUCUCUUCGAAAUGUUCCAAAUCCGGCUGCACCCCAGCUGGGUCCCAUCCAGCAGCUCCCACCUGGUCUCCAUUUCCCGCAAGGGCAGAUGCCUCAAGUGCCAGCAAGGCAUUUUGCAGGCGUUUCGCAGCCUCCAACGCCACCUCCUGUUGUUCUGCCAGGACAGACUGCUCUAGCUGGACAAGUUCCGCCUGCCCAGGGCGCAGCGCUCGGCCUUCCUGCGCCUGCCGUGUCUCCUCCUCCUCCUUCACCUCCGCGCGUUGAGGUU